UCCUACCCGCCGUCCUCUCCCAUCCCUCUUCUCCUCCUCAUCUCCUCCUCUCCGUGGCCUCCCCCGCCCUCCCGCCUCCCUUCUCCUGCUCCCUCCCCAUCGGCCUCCAAGAUAGAUUCCCUCAGGAGCAAGGUUGACCUGCUCAAGCUGCCCCUGGCUCUCUCCACCAAGUCCAUCGCCGAGCGCAAGAGCCAGCUGGGAGGAGUCGGCGAGCAGCGCGGCACGGGCGGAGGCGGAGGAGGCGGUAUUCGCAAAGUCUGCUCGCCGCCGACCCGAGACAUGGACAACGAGUCGCAGUACUCGGGCUACUCGUACAAGUCCUCCCACUCCCGAAGCUCCCGCAAGCACAGGGAUCGCAGGGAUCGUCAUCGCUCUAAAAGCCGAGACGGCAGCAGUCGAGGAGACAAGUCCGUCACCAUCCAGACGCCCGGGGAGCCGCUGCUCGACGCAGAGUCGACCCGCGGAGAUGACAGGGAUGAUAACUGGGGAGAAACCACCACGGUCGUCACCGGCACGUCGGAGCACAGCAUCUCAAACGAGGACCUGACGCGCCUCUCCAAAGAUCUGGAGGAAACGACUCCGCUGGAGUGCAAGCGUUUUGUCGGCCCGAUUCUCGGAGGCUGCCUGAGCUUCUUCGCCCUCGUCACGCCUUUAGCCUUCCUCAUCCUGCCGCAGGUCCUGUGGCGUGACGCCCUCGAGCCCUGCGGCACGCCCUGCGAAGGCCUCUACGUCUCCCUGGCCUUCAAGCUCCUGGUCCUGCUCAUCUCCUCCUGGGCGCUGUUCCUCCGGCCCCCCCGCGCCACCCUGCCGCGCUUCUUCGUCUUCCGCUGCCUGCUGAUGGUGCUGGUGUUCCUGUUCGUGGCGUCGUACUGGCUGUUCUAUGGCGUGCGGGUGCUGGAGCCCAGGGAGCGGGACUACAGGGGGAUAGUGGAGUACGCUGCCUCGCUGGUGGACGCUCUGCUCUUCAUCCAGUACCUGGCUCUGGUGCUGCUGGAGGUCCGACACCUGCAGCCGGCCUUCUGCCUGAAGGUGGUCCGCAGCACGGACGGAACCAGCAAGUUCUACAACGUGGGCCACCUCAGUAUCCAGCGAGCAGCUGUGUGGGUGUUGGACCGUUAUUACAGCGACUUCCCCGUCUACAACCCGGCGCUGCUCAACCUGCCCAAGUCCAUCCUGUCCAAGAAGAUGACCGGCUUCAAGGUUUACUCCCUGGAUGAAAACACCACCAACAAUUCCACGGGUCAGUCCCGGGCCAUGAUCGCAGCUGCUGCCCGGAGGAGAGACAACUCCCACAACGAGUUUUACUACGAAGAGGCGGAGAUGGAUCGCAGGCUCCGCAAACGCAAGGCCAGGUUGGUGGUGGCGGUGGAAGAAGCCUUCACGCACAUCAAGCGUCUCCACGAGGACGAGGUCACAUCGUCGCCCAAACACCCGAGAGAGGUGAUGGAUCCUCGGGAGGCGGCUCAGGCCAUCUUCGCUCCGAUGGCGCGGGCCAUGCAGAAGUAUCUGCGGACCACCCGUCAGCAGGCGUUCCACAGCAUGGAGAGCAUCCUCACACACCUGCAGUUCUGCAUCACGCACAACAUGACGCCCAAGGCCUUCCUGGAGCGUUACCUCUCCCCUGGCCCCUCCGUGCAGUACCAGCAGCAGAAUGGCAGGGGGCGCCAGUGGACCCUGGUGAGCGAGGAGCCGGUGACCUCUGCCCUGCGCCAGGGGCUGGUGUUCUCCCUGCGACGCUCGGACUAUUCCCUGGUGGUCUCGGUCACGCCGCUCCCCUUCCUGCGGCUCGGCGAGGAAUUCAUCGACCCAAAGAGCCACAAGUUCGUGAUGAGGCUGCAGUCGGAGACCUCGGUGUGAGGGGCGUCCCCCCCGAAGGAGCCCCCCCCGCCCAGCAACCCCGACCACUUCCUCUCUCCCACCCACUGGGAGGCCUCGGGCUCCGAUCACCUCCAAUCAUUCCUCCUCCUGUCUGUGACAAAGAAACCAUGCGAGGAUGAAGGAGCGUUUUCACCUGUGACGCCUCCUUCUGCUCUAUGAUCAUCACAGAUUCACGGGGAAUCAAACUGUGAUCGGCUCGACGAUUGUCUGAACCUGGAAAUAAACGGAUGCCUUGACUGUUUCUCCUUCUGUGUCGUUAAAGUCUCGGUCUUUAAGACACGCUGUAAAAAAAAUAAAAAUAAACCCUUGUCUGUAAAGGGGACUUUUUGUCUUCAGGCCUCUAACCACUGGACUACUUUACUGUGCUGAACCACAAGGACGAAGGAGGAGGGGACGGUUACAUCACACGUGUUACUUCCUCUCGUCUUGUGCGCCGAGAACAGAUCGACUUGAGCUCGACUGUGUACCACUGCCUUUAGUUCCCUGUUUCCUUUCAGAUGACGAGGGCUGUUUUUGUUUUGUUUUGUUUUACAUUCGAGGGUGAGACUGUUUUCUACUGACAGACUGUAGCAUCAUGUGGAAUCAACACGUUGCUCCUCCGCGGCCUCGAGGCCAAAAAUGUGCUUUUUAUCGGACUAAAAAGAAAAAUGGAAGAACAUUCCUAAGUUGUUGCUUCUCCGGACUCUGUGUGUUCGUGAUUGUUUUUUUUAAAUAUGCAGCUUCAGUUUUAUUCUACACUGGCAUUUUUUAUACUAUUAAUAUUUCAAUUUUAACAGGAAGUACAAACACCUGGUAUUAACAUGCGACCUGCAUGUGGACUUUCUACUGAUACACAACCUCACAUUGACCUUUCUAAAGGCUCAGUUUUGUUGUUUUUUUUCAAAGUGGAAUAAGUUUAAUCAAACUCAGCCGACAAAGACAAACUCGUUAGAAAGAUCAAUUUAUUUAUAUCGUAAUAUUUAGGGGGGAAAAAACACAGUUGUACAGAUUUGCCGCUUUCUUAAAGAAAAAACAAAAACCUGCUGAAGAUGAAUCCACCUGUGAAGUGGAUUCCGGACAGAACAUAUGACCCUUGGGUUCGGUCACGUUGUCUGUUCUCUGUACUUGAUAUCUUUCACUGCACGUGCCUGUAAAUAAGGAAAACAAGAGGUUCGGUUCGGUCCUGGUCAGUUUUUCUCUCGGGCUCCGACAGGUUCAGACGGAAAAUGGCUCCGAGCUGCACUCGCUGUUUCUGUAGCUCUCCAGCACAUGUUGUUAUCUUCGCUGGAAGCAGUUGCUCAGUUGUUACAGAGCAACAUUUGGUCGAUGAAUCAGUUUGAUGACAGAUAACUAAUCGUCAUCUUUGCUAAAUUAUGAAGUUCAGGGUCACAGGUUGUUCUUCUGUGUUUAAUGCUUAAGAAAUUGACGUCAUUGACCGAAUACUCAAUAAUGAAACUGAUGGUUAAAUGCGGUGGUUUUAGUUCAGAGGAGGAAACUGUCCACAUCUGACACGAGACACCAGAGAUGGGAGGUUCCAUCAUCCACAUACAACCACCUGUAAAACGAACCGAGCUCCGUGUGGAGGAAGGUCACAGGACGUGGUCGACAGCUCUGGAAAGAGGAAGUUGCUAUAAGUGGACCUUUUUAUAACCAUAUAGCCUCAAAACGUGGACUUUUCACGAGCGAAGAAGAAAAGUCCUGUUUUCAGCUUCUGUGAAGAUGCGUUUGUAGCAAAUCCACUAAAAACAACUGAAUCUGCAAAUGUCAUAGUUGCCAAAUGGAUUUCAUGACGUUACAGAGAUCAGAUCCCGGCGUGUGCAGGAUUCAACUCGAGCCUUUCGUGUGAGAUCAUGAAACCAGAUCCAGGUUUGCAUGUUGAUACCAGGUGUACAUGUGAGGAGAUCAGUACUAAACCGGCAGCUGUAGUCAAACUAUAAGCUGACUUUUCUUUUCUAUUUUUAUUUUUUUUAAAUGCAUUUCUGCAACAAAAAAAAAAAACGAAUCCCAAACCAGACGUGUGAUUGUAAGUCCUCACUGCAGCUCCUCUGCAGCAGCAGCACAUCACCCCCCCUCCCCCCCCGCCUUGUGCCACGAGCUGCAUCCAGCACAGUGAACACGCUGCCUCCUCCCUCUCUCGGCCUUACACCCUCCAGAUGUGCAGGAGCGGCGUCGGGGCCACAUCUGUCCUGACACUGGCCCGACGCUCGGACGUCUCUACCUUUUACUGUACGCUGAGCCGCAGCGCGACCGACUGUUCGCUUUUUCCUUCCCAGUGACAAUGUGGUUUUAAAAGCCCUUUACUUUCCAAAUACCAGGUCUGAUGUGUGCGACUUUUCAUCGGAGUGAUCAAAAUGCAGAUUUGUGUUUUCUGUUUUUUUUAAAUGCAUGCUAGAGUUAUUUCAGGCUCCAAAGCUUUUUAUAAUAACUUGUUUUCUAUCAUUUUUAAGGUGCCUAAGUUAAGACGAUGCAAUUUUUCCGAAUGUUUUUACAUUUGAAAAGCAAGUGGCUUGUAAAAAAAAUGUGUAGAUUUGUCUUGUAUUUUCUUCCUUUUGGUAACUGUAGCCUGUAUAGUGUGUUAUGCAUUUUUCCAUUAUUAAACCAUUUAUUCCUUAA